GUUAGAUUUCUGUUUGGGAUUCCAAAGAGACUCGGUAAGCCCGUUUCGCUGUGCACGCGUCUGUGUCUUGCAGGCAAGCACUUUGGAGAAGCGCUGGACCCUUCCCCCCACCCCCACUCGCAUUCGCAGGACUUCCACUCAGGCAUGAUGCAACCAACUGACAUAAGGUCCAAGAAAACCAUGCUUGGGGCCUUUUAUUGCACAACUGAAGAGGUAGUCCGAGGGAACUGGGACAUAAGUCAUCUCAAGCACGUAAAGUGUAAAGCUUCUUUCCGUUAAGUCUGUUGCUUUUUGUAUUGGGUCGAGUUACUACCUAACAAGUCAACUGCCGACUUUCCCUCCUGAUGAGAGUCCAUUAGAGCUCAAUGCUUAGUGAAGGACAUCCAAGGUGUACAACCCGAACUAGACCCCACACCACCCUUCUGUUAAAUCCAAGACAAAAGAUUUGCAACAGCAUGAAUCAAGAAAAGUUAGCCAAACUUCAAGCUCAGGUCCGGAUAGGGGGCAAGGGUACAGCUCGCAGGAAGAAGAAGGUGGUACAUAGGACAGCUACUGCUGAUGACAAAAAGCUUCAGAGUUCACUAAAGAAACUGGCUGUGAACAAUAUAGCUGGUAUUGAAGAGGUGAAUAUGAUUAAAGACGAUGGCACGGUUAUUCAUUUCAACAAUCCCAAAGUCCAAGCUUCCCUCUCCGCUAACACCUUUGCAAUUACUGGUCAUGCAGAAGCCAAACCAAUCACAGAAAUGCUUCCUGGGAUAUUAAGUCAGCUUGGUGCUGACAGCUUAACGAGCCUUAGAAAGUUAGCUGAACAGUUCCCACGGCAAGUAUUGGAUAGUAAAGCGCCCAAACCAGAAGACAUCGAUGAAGAGGAUGAUGAUGUUCCAGAUCUUGUAGAAAAUUUUGAUGAAGCAUCGAAAAAUGAAGCUAACUAAAAUCCUCUGGGUUUUGGAAGCUGGCAUGGACUAGAUUUAACAAUCAGCUCUGUUGUUCCAAAGUUUUACAGACAUGGAGAACACACCUGUUAUUAGUUCAGUAAUAUAAAUAUUUUGUAUAUUAAUGAUGCUGUCUGCUCAGCAGUUCUCGGUCAUUUGAUUUUGCAUUUUGCACUUCUUCCCAGGAUCUAUCUUCCCAGGAUCUGUUCUUUUGGUCAAAAUAUGAAGUAUUGGUACAGUUUGAGGGUGGUUUUUGUUUUUUUGGGGGGUGGAACUUUUGGUGUGUAUGUAUAUGUAUGUGUGUGGGUAUGUGUGUACACAGUGGACAGCAGAUUGGAUAACAGUUAUAUCUUCCUAUUCCUUCCUCCAAUAGAAAUAAAGCAAAUCUUUACAUUUGUUACUUUUUUUUUCCUAACAAAUACUGCACAUAAUUGAUGAAAAGUGAGUACCUCUGAUUGCAGAGCUGAGGCGAGUCCUUCCGUUAGAAGCUUGGUGUUAAUUUGUUGAAUUAACUUUAAUAUUUUUAUACAUUUCUCUGGAUUGAAAAUGUCCUGAACUAUUUUGCCACCAGAUUGCUGCGAGAGUCACAAGAUGGGCCUCUUUGGUGUGGCUACCUUAGACUCACUUCCUAAUCAGGCCCAUACAAUGUCCUUUUUUAGCUUUCUUCCUGGUGCCCUGCCUCCCCACAUAUUGGUCUUUAAAUGAACUGGUCAGCCUUUGAUAUUACUCUUCUCUCCUGCCUAGCUUGAGACAGAAGUUCUCCAUAUAGAAUUGAGAGAGUGCCUAAUUCCUCUUUUUGUUCCUCACCUCGAGGAACAAUGCCAUUGUCAAUGUUUUAUUCCUUUCACAUUUAUAGUUGGUAGAGUUCAAACUGGAAUAGCUAGCAUGUGCUUCCUAAUUAACUUUAUACUCGGCUUAUCCUGUUUCCUAGGUGUUCUUGGUAGCAGGUGCAGGGGUGCCUCUUUUUCAGCAAAGUUGAACCUGGGAAUGUCCUUUUGAAUGAAAAGAACAUGUAGGCCAUAUUAUCUCCUAGCAUAAAUAGGCAUUCUCUGAAAUGGUACUGGCUGCAGGAGAAUUUCUUCAGGCAGUUUCCUAUUCUUGGCCUUGACCUUACCUCUGAGUAGAUCUAAUUGAUUGUAGCUGCUCUUAACCCCCUCCUGCAUGCUUAGGAUAGUGCUUCGGGGGAACAGUGGUAAACACAGUAUUUAAUUGCUUACCUUCUUCCCUAGAACUUGGAGGUAAGUUAUAUUCAUUCACUCAGGUUUUCUUGCUGUUCUGAUAAAAGCUUGUGUUUUGACAUAUCAACAUUUAUUAUAGCCAAUAUUUUAGGAUAAGAUCGAAAGAAUCUGUUGUUUUCUGGCCCAUCACCAAACUAACUGCAGCUUAACCUUGCAGCAUGCCAACUUUUGUUUCAAGCUAGAUAUCUUUCCUUGAUACUUAAGAUGCAAGACCAACAGCAUAUUGAGAGAUUUACAGACAUGAAGGCAAAUCUCCCGUGUUCUUUUUCAUCCAAACAUUUUCAACUUAUUUUAUAAAUUUGUUGAUUUUUUCCCCUGUUAUGUUUUAUAUAUAUGGACGUAACAAAAUAAAUAACAGUAAUAAAAUAACAGUACAAAAGAGGAGAUAUUUCCUCUAGUGCUUCUGUUAAUUGUUGUCUUUUCUAUUUCUCUAUUCUCCAUACUAAAUUAAUUCUCAUGUGGGCAUUGUUUAAAAUAAUCUCAUCCAUUGUUAGGUCAAUAUUUGUAGCUGGUCUACUUACUUCAGAAUUUAGUCGUUCCUUUGCCUGUCCAAGCAAAAGACAGAAGCAGAGAGCAGCGGGCAAUGUUGUAGAUGAAAAAAGAGAGUAUAUCUAGAACUGAGAAAAUGUGUGUCCUGGUCCAGAUUCAGGCUCUCUGUUGCCAUGUUCACCCACAUCACCCAGUAAGGUUCAUCAUCCAUCCAGUAAGGUACUUCUGCGUGUGAGCUUUGUUCUGCUCUCGCAGCUCAGAAUCUCACCUGGGAAUUCUCAAGAAGGGAUUUUGUCAUCUAUUCAAGGAUGUUGUUAUUUUUAUCAGUACUAAUAAACUUUAUAUACAUAUACCCCUUUGCAUUUUGAUCACAUUUUAGUUUCUGAGAGUAAUUCUGGUCAUUAUCUCCUUUUAUCCUGCUGUCAGCAGCUCUCUAUUCUGGUCUUCCUUUUGUAUAAAGGAUUCGAGGAGAGGUGACUCCGUGAUUAAGGGUGCACUGCCCUUGUAGAAGACCUGAGCUUAGUCCCAGCACCAAUGUCAGGUGGCUUAAAACUGCCUGCAACUCAAGCUCCAGGCGUCUGACAUACUCUGCUGGCUUCCUUGGUAACUUCACAUACUUUAUAAUAAAAUUAAAAGAAGCAAUAUUCUUUUUGUCUCAUUUCUAUACUUUCCCUUUUCUGAACAAAAAUAUUUUGAUAUGUUCAACAAAGAAUUAUGUUUUCAAGGUAGGUAGGCAUAGAAUAAAGGUAAAACAUAGGUGAAACUUUAGUAAACUAUAUGGAUCUUGGCAUAAACAUGAAUUAAAUGGUUAUAUUUCUAAA